GCCACGUUUUUCUCCGUCAGGGACGAACAGAAAGCUUUGGCUGUUAGGCUGACUGACUGAGAGAUGCUUCUUCUGCUGCUGUGUGUUGUUCUCCAGGCUUUGUCCUUGUCUCAAGGGCUCAAUGUUACAGAUGAGCGACCUUCCAAGAGUGUGAAAAAGCAUGCUGAUCAUUCAGACAAACAGAUUGAGCUCUCCACACUAAAUUUGUCCAAAGGCUGCUUUGGUGUGCCUAGGGCUCUUUACAAGAACACUUCAGUCGAUGUGACCCUCAACCUUUUGGAUGCUGAGGAAAAGAAAGAGCUUGCUCUCCAAAUCUGUGAACGUUUAAGUUGUGGCCGUGUUUUCGAGCAUGGCGCGACUGCAACAGCGCACAAUGGCACUUGUCUUGCAGACUGCAUCCUGAGAGACUCAAAACUGCACAACUGCACUACAGCCGCAAAAGUCGAUUGCAUGAAUGCAACUGAAGUAAUUUGCGAGCACCGUGCUGUCCGAUUGUUUGGCGGACGUGAUCACUGUGCUGGUCGGGUGGAGCUGCUGCAUUCUGGGAAUUGGGGAACAGUGUGUGAUGAUGAUUUUGACAUUAAUAGUGGACAUGUAGUUUGUACCCAGCUGAGAUGUGGACGUGCGAUAAGAUUGGACUUUUUUGGGCCUGGAACAGGUCCCAUCCACAUCAGCCAAAUGAAAUGCAAUGGCUCUGAGAGCAGCUUAUGGGAGUGCAGCUCAAUCAACUCCACUGCCAGCAACUAUUGUGGACAUAAGGAAGAUGCUGGCGUUGUGUGUUCAGAAAGUGUUGAGAUCAUACCUACAAGUGGCACAACCCAGCUGAACUUGACAACUCUGGUGGCAGUGUCAACUGCAAUGGCAUCUGCUCAAAGCAGCAGUGGUGUUUCAGCAGCAGCGAUUGGCUGCGUCAUCUUAUCUAUUGCUCUGCUUAUGGUUAUUGUUUUAAACGCUGCUGCCUAUGCACAUUUCAAAAGAGCAAAGGAAUGUGUGAUUUACCAACAACACAGUAAUUCUCACACAAGCCUGGAGAACCAGUCCAAUGCACAGAUAGGAAUUUACAACACACAAUCUGUCCACACUGCUGGGGGGGAUCAGUAUGAAAAUCUUGCCCCGAGAAUGAGCACUCUUCAGGACACCGGCCCUCCAGCAACGAGUUUGGGCACCCCUGGCAUAGACAUUACCCUACCCCUUUUACAUGUGGUGGAUGUGAAUGAUUCAAGCAGUACAUCUUCUGGCGAGUGCUAUCAAAACACUGAGAUUGACACGGACAACCAUUUCAUGUCACGUGAGGAAAAACCAUCAUUGCAUGAAAAGUCACCAUUUGCACCCCUGUCUUACGUUGACCAUCACUUAUCAAACUCUGACAGUCGAGCGGUGGAUGUGAAUGAUUCAGACAGUACAUCUUCUGGUGAGUGCUAUCAAAACACAAAGAUCGACAUGGACAACAGUCUCCAGUAUGAAGACGAGGAAAGCCCAUCACUUCCUGAGAAGUCACUACAGACACCCCACAGCACUCAGAUGACAGGAAACACUGCUGGUUACAGUGGCUCUCAUGUACCUGUCACCCACAGUCAAGAUGGGAAUGAUUCAGACAGUACUUCAUCAGAAGAGUGUUAUCAGAACACAGAGAUUGCUGAAAACGCCUUUCACCAUUAUGGUGAGGAAAGCCCAUCACUUCCUGAGAUGUCUUUUCAGAAUCCCCACAUUGCACAGAUGACAGAAAGUACUGAUGGUUACAGGGACCAUCGUGUACCUAGAAACCUCAGUCAAGAAACAGAUAACAGCAGCACAGCAUCAGAGGCAUCGUAUGUUAAUGUACCACCUAAAAAAGAGAGGGAGGACCAUUCUGCUGCAUCUUCAGAAAGCGACUAUGAUGAAGCUGGAACCUGGUGAAAUCAACAUGACAACUGCAAGAGAUUUUUCCGAGCAGGUAAAACCUUCAAAAAC